UGAGAGAUCUGGGAAUGGAAAGGGGGCAGAAGAGUUCAGAGAUGUACGGGGGCGCCAGGCCGUGUAAAGCUUUAAAAAACAAAUAAUAGAGCCUUAGACUCAGUCUUAUACUUGACCAGUAGCCAAUGGAGGGAUGCCAGUACAGGUGUGAUGCUGUCUCUCUUCCUGCUACCAGUUAGUAGUCAAACAGCAGCAUUCUGCACCAGCUGUCAGCCAGACAAAGAUGACUGGCUAAUACCCAAAUAAAGAGCAUUGCAGUAAUCCAGCUGAGAGGAAAUUAAGGCAUUUGUGAUGAUCUUCAGGUCAUUAAAUGAGAGGAACAGUUUGAGUUUGGCGAUAUUUCUUAGUUGGAAAAAGCAGCCUUUCACAACAGUGUUCAUUUGUUUGUCAAAUUUUAAAGCUGGAUGGAAAAUGACAGAUUUCUGGCAUAAGCAGAACACGCUCUGUAUGCUCCGCAUCCUCUGUUAAUAUCACGACCUAUUAGAUUUAUCCUGACCACUUGGGGUGUCCCGACCCAGAGGUUGGAAACCAUAGUUCUACAUUUUUUCGUGUGAGUCUGAAAUAGCGUAAGGUGUUUUUUACUUAUUGUUUUUGUGAUGUAUGAUUUGUAAUGAUGUAAUAUUGAUGUUGAAUGUCAUGCGAGCUGAAGGCCAAUUUCUGCUUUUGGUGGACAAUAAAGUUGUUUAGAUUUGAUUUAAACGACUGAUACAUUUUACUCUACAUGAAAGGUUUGAAUACCUUUAAUAUAAUAAUACUGUUCAUAUUCUGACCCGUCACAGGUUCUAUUCCAAAUUUAUGAACUAGAAAUCAUUCAUGAAAACCUCAUUAGUCAUUAAUAAAUGUGUGAUGAAUCCUUAAUGAGAGAGUGUAUUCUUUAGUUUUUACACUUUUUGUUUAUGGAGAAAAAACCUUUACAAUCAUAUCUGUAUGAUCUAUAUGAUGUUCUAUGUUUCAUAAAACAGAACAUAACCAGUUUCAAUUAAUUAUAUUAAAUGUGAUGAAUGCAUUGUUUUUGAAUGGUGAUUUUUGAUUUUUUAAAUAAAUAUGGGUCAAACACUCUCUACAAAAAUGUGAAUCAGCUGUACAAAAAUGUUUUCAAAAAUUUGAAAUAUUUCCAUUUUUGUAUAUUAUGGGUCACAUUAGGAGAGGUCAUAAAACUUCAGGCUAAAAGCAAACUGUUUAGGCUGUUUUUACUGCUCUCAGCUGGGUCAGAUUUGACCCUGAACAGCAUGUGAGGGUCAAAUGGUUUCAAAGGUUUAAAUCUGGUAUAUUUGGUCACCGAGUUUUAUUCUGAAAAUAUCAUCCCGGAAGCCGCGUCGCUCGCCACUCUGUCCGACUUUACCGCUCGGUUCGCUCGGUUCGCUCGGUGACGUCUCUCACCGGUAAAAUCCACUGACGAGUCGACCGGACUGACCGCUUCUCCGUCUUCUUCGCCGGAGCUCAGAGCGGCAUCACGGCAUCACGGAGCCCGACUCUCCUCCUCCCCUCCCCGGCCUGACAGGCCGCGACGAGCCGCUGAGAGCAAGGACCGGACACGGAGCGGGCACCGCUUCUCCUCGGGAGGAUGAUGGAUGUAACUCCGGUACCGACCCGCGGACAAGGAGCCCGGUGGACUCGGCGGAAGGGCAGCGGGGACUUCUGAGCAUCCUACCGGCCGGAGGAUACUGACGUAGCCUACUGACGUUUUUUUCUUGAAUUUUAAUCUUUUUUCUACAAUGUCACCAUCAAGGAGACGCGGCUGAGGCACCUGCUCUUCCUCCCGGAUCCCCGCCGGACGUCAACUGUUUCUGGAGGCUUCAGCUAACGUUAGCUCCGGUAUGAGCAGAACCGGACCUUCCCGUCACAUCUGACCGGGGUGUGUGGGGGUGGUGGCGGGCUGCUGGCGGGGAAACGUUCGGAUUUUUGGAUGAGAACCGGUCACCGGGCCGGAUUCCGUGCGGAGGGACGCCGGCCGGAGCGGAGGAGGAGGAGGGAGAAGGAGGAGCAUCAGCAGCGGCAGCAGCAGCUGCGGGGAGCCGAACUGACAACCUCAUCCCCGGGGGGAGAGAAGCAGCGAGGCGGCCAGAGGAGGAUGUGAAGAUGGGUUCAGUUUUCGGUCUCCUGUGGCUGUUUACCGGCUUCCUGCAGGGCGUGCACGGCCAGGGCGUGUACGCGCCCCCGACGGUGCGGAUCGUGCACUCCGGUCAGGCCUGUAACGUGGAGGAGGAGCGCCACAGCGAGAGAGUCUACACCAUCAGAGAGGGAGAGACUCUGGAGCUGCAGUGUCUGGUGACCGGACAUCCUCGACCACAGAUUCGUUGGACUAAAACGGCGGGCGGAUUCUUGGACCGUCAGGGCGACUCCUGGCUGCACAACGAAACUCUGAAGAUCGAAGCCAUCGGCCGUCACCAGGGAGGACGCUACUACUGCAAGGCCGAGAACGGACUGGGGUCCCCCGCCAUCCGGUCCAUACGAGUCGACGUCUACUACCUGGAUGAUCCGGUGAUCACGGUGCAUCAGAGCGUCGGCGAGACGAAGGAGCAGUUCUACUUCGAGCGGACGGUGUUCCUGCGCUGCGUCGCCAACUCAAACCCACCCGUCCACUACACCUGGAGGAGAGGACGGGAGGUGCUGACGCAGGGCUCCGACUCCGGGGUGGAGAUCUACGAACCGUUUUUUACACAGGGUGAGACAAAGAUCCUGAAGCUGAAGAACCUUCGUCCUCAGGACUACGCCAACUACACCUGCAUCUCCUCCGUCAGGAACGUCUGCGGCAUCGGAGACAAGAACGCCCACUUCAGUCUGAACAACAGGACAGCUCCUCCCUCCAUUAAGCUCCUCCUGGAAGACCCCCUGGUGGUGAACCCGGGGGAGACGAUCACUCUGGUGUGUGUGGCGUCGGCCGGAGACCCUCCCCCCAUCCUGAAGUGGCUGAGGCCCGGCGGGGAGGAGCUCCCGAAGAGGAGCGUCGUCAACGGCGGCACGCUGACCAUCCCCGCCGUCACUGUGGACGAUGGCGGUGCCUACAGCUGCAUGGCGUCCAACAACGUGGGAAACCCAGCAAAGAAAUCCACCAACAUACUGGUCAGAGGCCUUCGUAAAGGUCGGUUCUGGAUCACUCCUGACCCGUAUCACAAUGACGACAACAUCCAGAUCGGCCGUGAGGUGAAGAUCAGCUGCCAGGUGGAGGCCACGCCGCCCGAGGAGCUGCAGUUCAGCUGGCUGAAGAACGGCCGGCCGCUGAGGAGCUCCGAGCGGAUGGUCAUCACCCACACCGACACCGACGUCUCGCCGGGAACCACCAACCUCGACAUCAUCGACCUGAAGUUCACCGACUUUGGUACCUACACCUGCGUGGCGUCGCUGAAGAAUGGAGGAACCCCUGAGAUCAGCAUCGACGUCAACAUCUCAUCCACCACAGUUCCUCCAGAGCUGAAAGUCCCCCGAGGGCGCUCUCACCUCAUCGCUCAGGAGGGCGACACCGUGGACCUGCAGUGUCUGGUGUCGGGGAAACCCAAACCCAUCAUCCUGUGGUCUCGGGUGGAGGAGAGCGGGGCGGCGGCGGCGGCGGCGGCGGCUCUGAUGCCCGAUGGCUCGAUGCAGACGGAGAGCUACGACGGCGUCCUGAGGAUCACCAACGUGACGAGAGAGAUGAGCGGAGCGUACCGCUGCCAGACGAGCCAGUACAACGGCUUCAACGUGAAGCCCAGAGAGGCUCUGAUCCAGCUGGUGGUGCAGUUCCCUCCCACGGUGGAGCCGGUCUACACGGAGAUCCGUCAGGCUCUCGGCCGAGCGUUCAGCCUCACCUGCCGCCUGCUGCGCGCUCACCCGGCCCGCCUCCUGCGAUACGAGUGGAAGCUGGGCUCCCGCCUCCUCACCGUCGGACAGUUCAGCGACCAGCGCGACGACACCAACUACCACGUCAGAGCUCUGAACCGAGAGGGCUACGGCGAGUACACCUGUGACAUCACUAACGAGGCUGGGGCGGGACGCUGCACCUUCCUGGUCACAGGGAAGGCUUACGCUCCAGAGUUUUACUACGACACCUACAGCGCUCUGUGGCAGAACCGACCGCGAGUCUACGGCUUCAGGCUGCAGUGGACGCAGAUGGAGCCCAACGCCGUGGACCGCAUCCUGGCCUACAGGCUCGGCAUCAGACAGAUGGGUCAGUCUCGCUGGUGGGAGCAGGAGAUUCCCAUGGAGAGAAACAUCCAGAAGGGGGAGCUGUUGACCCACAACCUGACCGAACUCAUCAAACCUGAGUCCUACCUGGUCCGCCUCACACCCAUCACGCGCUACGGAGAGGGCGACGCCACUGAACGCAUCAUCACAUACAGCGCUCCUGUUAACCCACAUCUCAGGGAGUUCCAGUGUGGUUUCGAGGACGAGGCGUUGUGUUUGUUCUCUCAGGACAAAACAGAAGAGUUUGAUUGGACGCGUCACAGCGCCGCCACACGAGACACCAAAUACACCCCGAACACCGGACCGAGCUCCGACCACACGGGCUCCAAGCAGGGUUUCUACAUGUACAUCGAGACGUCGAGGCCGAGGCUGGAGGGAGACAAAGCCCGGCUGCUGUCGCCCACCUUCAACAUGGGCUCCAAGAGCUCCUCCUCCUCCGGCAGCGUCUCCACCAACCCCACCUACUGCUUCGCCUUCUACUACCACAUGUACGGGAAACACAUAGGAGCUCUUAACGUGUUCCUGCGUCAGAAAGGUCAGACGGUGACGGACACCUCAGUCUGGAGUCUGGCUGGUAACCAAGGAGACCGCUGGCGGCAAGCCAAGGUCAACAUCCACCCCAACACAGCCUUCCAGAUGGUGAUGGAAGGAGUCCGAGGCGCUGGUAUCGAGGGAGAUAUCGCCAUCGAUGAUGUCACCAUUGAGGAGGGGGAAUGUAAAGACCCUCCACCCAACAAUCUAAGGUCACUCGCCCCGCCCUCAUUGCCCCAUAUAUGGCAGCUGUGCGUCACUCUGAGUCUGGCUGUGAUUGGCCGGCAGAGGUGACCCCCAUUCUCUACGGGAUGCCAACACCUUUGAGUCUUCACCCCCACCUCUCCUCCCCCGGCCUCC